AUGGCUAACAAGAUAUCUGUUGCAGCUAUAUUUUAUCUCUUCUUGUUUGGAGGCUUAGCUAGUGCUUGUGAACCCUGCAAGCCUAAGCCCAAACCUCCUCCUAAGGCUCCUCCAGUGAACCCCUUCUGCCCCAAAGACACCUUGAAGCUUGGCAUCUGCAUCGACUUGCUUGGAGUAGUGAAUGUGGUAGUCGGGACACCACCUUCGAGCAAGUGUUGCUCGUUGCUCCAAGGGCUGGCUGACCUUGAAGCUGCCGUCUGCCUUUGCACUGUCAUUAAAGAGAAUGUAGCAGCUAGAGUUGGUCGCAAGAUGUUGGUUAUGUAUGGUGCUUGA